AAGGCAGCAGGGAUGAUGCUGCUUUGGAUCCAUAUUACCUUGUUAGCAGGUUGCAAGCUAACCGAAUACAAGCAGUAACGUACAGUGCGGCUACAAGGGGAUGUCCCACCCUUUUUGAUACAAACUGAAGACUCCGUGGUUUUAUCGGCUCUACACAAGCAGGAAUAACUUCCACACUUUGGCGAAAUGACGACGCGCUCGGAGAGAGAAAAAGCACAGAAACUGAACGAGCAGCAUCAGGCCAUUCUGUCUAAACUGCUGAGAGAAGACGACAACAAGUACUGUGCUGACUGUGAGGCAAAAGGCCCACGGUGGGCGUCAUGGAACCUCGGAGUGUUCAUGUGUAUCCGCUGUGCUGGCAUCCACCGCAACCUGGGUGUCCACAUCUCCAGAGUCAAAUCUGUCAAUCUGGACCAGUGGACACCUGAGCAGAUCCAGAGUAUGGUGGACAUGGGCAACAGCAGGGCCAGAAAGCUGUAUGAAGCCCACCUACCAGAGAACUUCAGACGGCCACAAACAGACCAAGCAGUGGAGGUCUUCAUCCGGGACAAGUAUGAAAGGAAAAAGUACUACGACGAGGAGGCCCAGGCUACAGCUCCACAGAAGUCCUCUGAAGCCGCUCCUCCCUCCACCUCGCCGUCCUCACUGGCUGACAAGAGCAGACAGGAGAAGGAGCGAGAAAAGAAAAAAGAGGAGAAGAAGAAAGAGAAGGAUGUUGAUAGAGUGGAGAGACACAAUAACACAAAGUACACCAGAGACGUUCUGCUUGGAUUCAACAACCCACCUUUUAACUUGGUGUUCCCUAACUUUGAGGAGCUUGAUCAUGGCUCGGGGAAGAGAGGUCACGCUGGCGCACCUCUCCGCAAAGUGAGGAAGCGGGGCCGGAGAGGAGCGAGACGGCAACCGUUGGAGCGCAUCGCCCUGGCUUCCAUUAUAAUGGCCAAUGCCCGGCCCCUCCGCAACAAGAUCGACGAUCUCCAGGCCCAUGUCCGUUAUUAUAAAUUUAAGGAAGCUUGCAUCCUGGUGCUGAUGGAAACAAAGCUGGGGAAGAAUGACCUGGACAGCGAGAUGGCUAUGGACGGGUUUGGUGUGCCGAUGCGUACGGACUGA